GGGCCCCAGUGCGUCCCCGGUUAAUGAAUAACACCAGGAAGUAGCCAGGGGUCAGGAAGCACCAACGAAAAGGUUUCUUGGGCCAGGCAGGUUCCUGCGAUACAGGAGCUUUUAGGGAGCGGAGCUUCCUCGUGAAUCGGGAGGCCAGGAUGAAGGACAAGGCAAGCGGACCCGGUGCCGGGACCCCUACCUCCAAGUGUCCCGAAAACACCGCCCUGAAGCAGCAGCAGUUGCCAGCCUGGAAACCUGUGCUCACAGCCUCGACCGUCCUCUCGGGCUUUUUCACCAUCGGCGGGUUCUGUCUGGGCAUGGGCAUCCUCCUCAUCCUCUCCGCGAAGAGUGUCCAGGAAAUUGAGAUAAAUUACACGGAAAUAUGCUCAAAUUGCUCCAAGUUGCGGGAAAAUUCUUCUAACUUUGAGAAAGAGUGCGACUGCUCCAUCCCCUUCUCCAUUUCAAAGAAAAUGAAGGGUAACGUUUUCUUGUACUACAAACUGCACAACUUCUAUCAGAACCAUCGUCGAUAUGUCAUAUCCAGAAGCGACGCCCAGCUAUUGGGAGAAAACGUGAAGAAGGUCGAGAGCACCUGUGCCCCCUUCACAGCGUAUGCCAAUGGGACCCCCAUCUCUCCUUGUGGUGCCAUCGCCAACAGCAUGUUCAACGACACCAUCCUACUCUUCUACCACCCCAACGACUCCACCCGUAUCACAGUCCCAUUGCUGAAGAGUGGAAUUACAUGGUGGACCGAUAAGCACGUGAAGUUCCAAAACCCCAAGUCCAGAAACCUGUCCGCUGCCUUUGCAGGGACGGCUAGGCCUCCUUACUGGAACAAGCCCAUCUACGAGCUGGAUGAGAAGGACUGGAAAAACAACGGCUUCACCAACGACGACUUCAUUGUCUGGAUGCGAGUGGCGGCCUUCCCCACCUUCAAAAACCUCUACCGCCGCCUCAGCCGAAUCCAACAGUUUGCUGAGGGCCUUCCUGCUGGGAAUUACAGCUUCACCAUAUCCUACAAUUUCCCCGUCACCAGGUUCAAGGGGGAGAAAGGGGUGCUCCUGUCCACGGUAACCUGGAGCGGCGGAAGCAACAUCUUCUUAGGCGUGGCCUACAUCACGACAGGAGCGGCGACUCUGUUGGCAGGCUCGACCAUGCUGGCCAUCCACUUGAAGCUGAAAAAGAGAAAAACCCACUAUCAGCGCUAAGGGGACCGAGGAGCUCUUUCAACUCCUAAGAAAGGCAGGACAGAGAUGCCUGCAGCAACCUGUCAGAGCCCCGGGCCUUUGAGGGCAGACCUCUGGCUGGGUGCCCUGACCAAAGUGACCUGGAGUCUCAGCAACAAAGGACAGUGCUAGCGGGAUCGGGAAGCGGGGGGCGGGUAUAAACCAACACUGAGCAGCUUGAUUACUUGAGUCUAGUGAUGAUGGCACAGGCCCAGGGGAAUGAACUGCUCUGGGGAGAAAAGAGUGAGUUGCAUCAACUCUCAAGGGAAGAUAUGCACAGAAGAACCCAGAAGAGUUUAUUCACUUCACAAGAGUCAGCGCCUGACCUGGAAAGAUGCCUUUUCUGGCUCCCCGAAAAUUUCAGUUUCCUCCGCGUCCUUCUUCACCAGAGGACCUGGCCCAUAAUAAGUGCCUUUAAGGUGGAGCCAAAAUUGUUCUCAGAUGUGAAUAGCUUCUAACGCACAGAGGUGACUUGGUGUAUUCAGAAUAAUGCGUGCAAUAGCUGGGGCCGAUCUGAUCAUGGGGAGUGCCAACCCAUGUUUCCAGAGGAGCUAGGACCCCCCUUAAAAUCCUGGGAGCCCCCCACCAGGGCAUCCUCUCUCCUGUGGAACUGAAUAACCCCUAACCAGUCAUCGUGAAUCAAAGUUCAUCAAUUCAACUCAUAAAAGCCCCAGGGGGGCACCAGUCUAGCCUGGCUGGAGAACAUUUAUUCCAAUUUCUGACCCUGAACUGACCCAGCAAUUGUGAGUUCGGGAAGUGAAUGUUUGUGGGUGCCCUCCACCCUAAAACUUGACAAGAGAAAGAAAAUUAUGGAGGUGCUGGGUAUUUUUCUCCACAAAGUUGGAUUGCCCCGCUUCGGGAUUAAAUGACAAUAAGGUCCUCAAGUCCCUCUAACCUUCUGAUAUUUAUCAUUGAAUCUCUUUUCCACCUUUCUAUUUCCAUCUAAAAAGAGAGCACCCCAUCUUAGAUCUUGUGAGAUUCCUCCCCUCCUGCAUAGCUCACCUUCUAUCUCCCAUUUCACAUGACUUUAAGUGUGUCUGCCUAUUAUCAGUUCUCCAGACUGGCCUGUUUGCCAGUCUGAACUGGAAUCAGAAAAGCUUCCCUGCCAUACGUAAAAGUGAAUCCUUUGAUAUUCUAUCCCUGGGUACCUGUAAAUUUCCAGAAAUGGCCAAGCAAAGACCAGGCUUUUGAGGAGCGAUGAUUGCCUAACUCCCUCACUGUUGUCUGGUCACUUAUCUAAAGCAGCAUCCCUACCCAUCCAUGCCCUUUGGGAUUCUCUCCUAAAUUAAACUCUUGGGAAGGCCUUA